GGAUCUGGCAGUUGACUGUGGAGUAUCAUGCGGGUCAUCAAGAAAUAAGUUUUGGUUUCUUAUAUCAAGCUCAGAGAGGAAAUUCCCAAUUGGUUCUGGUAAUAAGGCUAAACACGAUCUCCUGUAUAGAUGCAGAGAAGCGAUGAAAGCUUCCCGUAAUGAGAAGUAUAUAAGUAGCAAGCCAUCAUCCCAUAAUUUGAAAACGACGAGAUCCUCAACUGUACUAAGUUUAUCACCAUGUUGUCCUCCUUUCUUCUCACGGCUGCCACCCUGUUCACAGGGGCUUUCGCAGCGCCCUCGGGGUUCCUCCCUCAAAUUGGAGACUUCUUGCAUGGAAGUGACAGCAAUGCAAUCCAGACUCGACAAGGUGGUUACUUCUGGUCUUCCUGGUCAGAGGGUGGCGGUACAUUUCAAUGCAACAACGGUGGCGGUAGUUCGUACAGCGUAAACUGGCAAAGCAGCGGUGGCGCAAGCGGCUUCGUCUGUGGAAAGGGAUGGAGCCCAGGUGGUAACAGAGCCGUUAAAUACUCCGGCACAUACGCGCCCAAGGGACCGAGCUACCUGGCCGUAUAUGGUUGGACUCGCAACCCACUAAUCGAGUAUUACAUUAUGGAUGCCCAUGGAGAUCUUCUCCCUAAUGAGCCUUGGACUUCCAAGGGAAACUUCACCAUCGACGAGGGAACGUACGAAGUAUUCACUAGUACCCGUGUGAACAAGCCUUCUAUCAUUGGAACGGCAACCUUUCAGCAGUAUUGGUCCGUCCGCACUGAUCAAAGAGUGGGUGGAACCAUCAGCACCGGAAAGCACUUUGAUCAAUGGUCUAAACUCGGCCUUAACCUAGGAGGUCAUGACUACAUGAUUGUCGCGACAGAAGGAUACACUAGUGGAUCUACUACAAGCAACGGAACCGCUUCUAUCACUCUAAGUUAGGAGAUAAUCGCCCAAUCACUUGUCUAACUUACCUGAAGCUACGUUGUGCUUUAGCGAUAGGAUCUUAUAUUAGCCUUAAAAGAAUUUGAAUUACCAACGUUAGAUCCUACCAGCAUUAUGGGGUGAUCCUAAUAAAGCAAAGAUACCAGACAUCCCUAACAAUUCUGUAGCCCAAUUGCCAUUUUAUCAAUAGCGUAUUCUUCAUACAUUAUAUAGGUAGGUAGUUACAUGAAACAGAAAUCUCAUUUUAAUCGUACCGUAUUCUAUCUUAUAUGCUUUCACACCGAAAAGACAUGAUCAAUUACGAAUAAUAUCCCACUUUGUUCAACUUAAUAGCUUAACACAAAUACCUGCAGCCCAUAUAGCCGCUAUACA